AUGUCUGUCACGUGUACAGAGACUUUGCCCGGUCUGAGGGGAUCCACCCCAAUGUCUCCCCGUCCCAACAGCAUCGGCCUGAGCCGCUCCCGCACGUUCGGGCUCGACGACCCGUUCGACCCACGCUCCGGAGCUCUUGGUGAAGGUUCCGGGGUACCACCUGGCCGCCACUUGCUGGAGGAUCGGAUGGCUCCGUUGCCCUCCCUUUGCCUCGUGAUGUACUCCGGAUUCCUGGCAACUUUGGCCUUGGACAUUGUGGUCACAACGGCCGACGAGUAUUCCAAAAGACUUGGGGCAGGGGCGAUGUUCAGCGGAUUGGUUAUGGCUUUGACACCGCUCCUCCAGGGCUUGGUCGGGGUCCCUCUCAAUCGCUGGAUGUUGAAAUCAGCUUCGAUGAAGACCGUGAGUAUUCUCAUGGCUGCUGGCAUGGUCGUGGGCAACAUCAUCUAUGCUCUUGCGGGGCUCAUGCACUCCAAGCAGGCUGUCCUUGUUGCACGGGCCCUUAUCGGCAUCUGUCAGUUUCAACUAGGUCCGCCAAUCUACAUUGCCGACGCUGUUGGCGUCAAGAAACGGACGCCGGUGAUGUUUGUGUACUCUGCGGUGGCUACUUUGGGGCUUGCGGCGGCUCCAGCCAUUUGUGGCUUGCUGGAAACCUUCCUGCAUGAGCUGCGGAUUCAUAACUUGGUGUUGGACUCAGAUACUGCCCCUGGUUGGUUCAUGGCCGUUGUGUACUUCUCCUACCUGUUGAAGGUGGUCUUCUUUUUCGAGAACCCGGAGGAAUCGGCCUCGCAGGACACCAGUCCUGGUCCUGCAGAAUCCCCAGUCGAGAAGCGAGAGUCAUUAUGGACGACCGGGUUUCUGUUAUGCCUGUUGGCAGGGUUUGCGAGCACUAUGACAAACAUCGGAUGCAUCGUCUAUUUCACGCAACUUUCCCAGCACACCUGGCACUGGAACUUGGCCCUUAGCUCCUGGGGUCUCGCAGGGCUGAUGGCAGUCGUGUGCGUCUUCUCUCUGGGAAGCGGCGGGCUUGUGAAACUCGUGGAAGACAGGAAGGGCCUGCAGCUGAGCUCAUUAUCAACUGCCAUUUUCUCCAUACUUGCCUUCCAGUACAUGCCGAGCUGGUCCGCAGCAACGAUCGCUCUUACAUUCGUUGGUUUGUGUCUCAUCCUGACUGCGAGCAGUGUGGUCAAGAACUAUGCCUAUGCGCUUACGCCGAAGAUCGUGGCACCUCUCAUGAAGGAUCGGGCCGCAUCGUGGCUCAUGCUGGCGCUCACUUUGGGUCGAGGUGUCGGCGCGCAAGUUGGAGUGUUGUUCACCCCGGUCUCCUUUGCAGCUACCAUGCUGGGCACAUAUCUUUUGCUGUUUGCUCUUGUUUCUGUCUUCAGAUCUCGAAUGAAGCAGCAUGCCAAGGCCGUCUAG